UCAACCAAGAGUACCGACAUGUCACUGACUGCAGGAACUGCAGUUUUACUGUUUGGCUUAUUCCUGUUGAUGCAAUCAACUUUUGGCACAUCGAAUCCUAGUUGUAAAUCGUUCCCUACAUUGGCCGAUAAGACUCCAGCAUCGUUAUGUGAUUCUCGACUGACUACAACAAGCGUACCUUCUACUAAACCUGUGACAAAACCCACUGCAAAGCCUACAAUACCUGACACAAAAGCCACGAUCAGAUCGACCGCUAAGCCUAUAACAAAGCCAGUUGCAAAACCUACAACCAAGAAACCAACGGCGAAGCCGACAAUUAUUAAACCUACGACAAAGUCUACUAUAAAAGUAACGAUCAGAUCGACCGCUAAGCCUAUAACAAAGCCAGUUGCAAAUACUACACCCAAGAAACCAGCAACGGAGCUGACGAUUACUAAACCUACGAAAAAGUCUACUAUAAAAGUAACGAUCAGAUCGACCGCUAAGCCUAUAACAAAGCCAGUUGCAAAUMCUACACCCAAGAAACCARCAACGGAGCUGACGAUUACUAAACCUACGAAAAAGUCUACUGUAAAAACCACUACCAGGAAGUCCACAAUCAAAGUUACCAUUAAGCCUACGACAAAGCCUACUCCAAAAACCACGAAAAGGCCUACCACAAAACCUUUGAAGGUCAUAAAAGGUAGAAAGACUGUCCUCACAGACGGAAUCACAAUCCUGUGCGAGGAGAAUAACAUGGAAAUCGACAUAAACGCAACGAAAUACUCAUUUCUUGACCCAAGUAAAUUCCAUUUGAAAGAUAAAAAGUGUGUGUCGGUUGUGUCAGGUAAUGUGAUCCAGUUAAGAUCACCCUUAAAUGGCUGUGGUACGAGUGUUGUUGAAACUACUGAUGGCACAACUUACAAAAACGUGGUCAGGGCUUUCGAUAUCAAGUCACCAUCUCCAGGCGUUUCUGUGACCCGCGAGGACGACCUAACGCUACCGUUCAACUGCACCUAUGGUAGACGAAAGAUGGUUAGCAUGACGAGUUUUAAAGCUCUCAGAAGAGUCGAUGCGACGGAGGGCUCUUUGGGGAACUUUACCUUUACGAUGGAUUUGUUCAGUUCGAAAGAUUUCAAAACCAGCUACACACAAAGCGACUACCCUCUAAGUGUGCAGCUCAACGAUCCCGUGCAUGUCCAGUUUAGUGUCGCCUCAGAGAAAGGAGACCUCCACGUCUUUGCAGAGAAAUGUUUGGCUACAACAACAACAAGUGAGACUAGUACUCCAAGCUACGUGUUUCUUAAAAACGGGUGUCCGACCGAUCCUACAAUGGUUUACAAUUACUCUCCAAACAGGGUUCAGAAUUUUACCAUCAAUGCGUUUCGGUUUAUCAGUGAUAACCCCAUUGUGUACCUCCAUUGUCUGUUGAUGGUAUGUCAUAGUACCUCCAAGUCAACCAAGUGUUCCAGAGGCUGUGUUAAAAACAAGGUCAAGAGAGACAUAUCGAGAGGCAAAACAAUCAUCGACGAGUCAAGACUUUACCACUUGGCUUCAGGUCCUCUAACGAGAAAGAAAACACAAGGCAGCUAUCCAAAUGAACCCCCUGACUCAGAAAAUCUGGUGUUGAUUGUUUCCACAGUGACUACGUUUGGCUUUGUUCUUCUGAUUACAAGCAUUGUCCUUACGGUCUGCCUUCUGCUUAAGAGAAAAGCCGGUGUCGUUAAUCUAAAGGAGCUUGAGCCAUUGCAACUGAGAGAAUACGACAGCGAUGCCGUUCAGUUUCACUUUCAGUUUGAAGCGCCUAACGUUUGUGAGGUUGUGAUUUGAUGUAGUUUGUGAAAGAUAUAGUUACACUAAUCUUGUGAUAUUUCAUACUGUAUUACAUGUUCAUGGUGAUUUUGGUGGAUAUAUGAUCCAUUAUUUUCUGUAA